AAUGAAAGUGUCAUCAUCAGCAAUAACAUCUUUAUGAAUUGCAAUUUCAGAUUAUUAUUAUGAUGCUAUCAUCAGCUGUGAUCGACAUUUUUUUGCUCAAAAAUACAAUUAUUCUAAUUUUAUUGUUGGCUUUAAAAAAGGAGGUAAAAGGUGUAAGCCAUGUGGAAAUGAAAGUAAUCAUUGGCUAUUCAUUGGGACGUUCUCUAAAGGAUGCGAUUCUUUUAAUCGUGCUUUGUUAUUGUGCAUUUAUUACUAAAAAUGAGAUAUUAAUCAUACGUAACAAUCUCUACGAUGUAAUUAGAACAGAAAAACAAGAUAAAGUUGAAAGACGAAAACUAAGAGCUUUUCUUCAAAUGACGUACGACAAUGAUUUCACCUACACUUUGUGUGGUAUAAUCCCUAUAAAUAUGUCACUACCUCUCAAAUUUUAUUCCAUUUGUCUUGCAUAUCUUCUUAUUGCGUAUCAAUUCUCACAAUUUAUUAACUAA